CUGCAAAUGAUUUUGACCCAGCUUCCUUCCUCCUGGAGCAAUUCCCCCCCCCCUUCUCUCUUUAUUAUUUAUAUAAAUAAGAGGGGGGGCCUGGCUGGGUUGUGGAUGCGUGUGUGAGUCGCAGCCUCUUCUCUCUCUCUCUCUUUUACCUUCUCCUUUCAGAUCCGCAUUUGAGAGAAGCAGCAGCAGCCGCCGGGAGGGGGGGGGGGGGGGGAGGGAGGGAGGUUUAAUUCGCUUCACAACACGGACAAGCCGGGGAAAAGAAAAAAAGAGAGAAAACAUCCAAAAAAUAAAACCCCGACAACAAGGGGGGGGGAAAACCAAACAACAACAAACAACAGCAACAAAAAAAAAAAAACCAAACUGGAAAAAAAAAGGAAAAAAGAAAAAAACCAACCAACCAACACCAAAAAACGAACCAAAAAAUUAAUCCACCACCCAAAACAAAACCCACCCCAAGCACCCAGCUCCGAGAUCAAGCUGACUGGCUGCUGGAAGGACAAUGAGUGAAUCCAGCACCAAAUCCAGCCAGCCCUUGGCCUCCAAGGGGGAGAAGGACGUGUCAGAGAAGAGGGGCCGGGGGCGACCCAGGAAGAAGCCACAGGAACCCAGUGAGGCCCCGACCCCCAAGAGACCCCGCGGACGACCCAAGGGCAGCAAGAAUAAGGCCACCCCCAAGGGCAGGAAAGCUGCGGUCACACCAGGGAGAAAACCUCGAGGCCGACCCAAAAAACCGCAGGAUGAGGAGGAGGUGAACAUUUCCCAGGAAUCAUCCGAGGAGGAGCAGUGAAACCUCCCGAACCGGCGCUACCUCAUCGCCCGAUGCUCCCACGUCCUCGGCAGCCAGGGCUGGGGAAGGAGGGGAGGGGGGGGAAGAGGAAUGGGAAGAAACACACCACCCCCCCCCCCACCCCUGCACCACCCUGGCUUCUUCCUCCUCCCUCCCUCCACUUCUUCCUCACCCUCAGACAAUGGCAGCACUGGAAAAUACCCCCUACAACCCCCUGUCCUGGGGAGGGGGGGCACCACCCACCCCUGGUUCCCUUUCCUCUCCCCUGGGCUUGGUGGGGGGCAAAGCAGGUACCUGGCAGAGAGCCAAGGCUGGGACCCCCCCCACCUUCACUGCCCCCCACGCCCAGGCCGUGAUCUCACCCAUCCAAAGCAAGUGCUGGUUGCUCCCCCCAACCCCCAACCAGGACUGAGCUUUGCAGGGCAAAGAAAGGGGAGGGGGGGCAGCAAAGGCAAGACCCCACAGAUGCAUUAACCCUUUGCUCGGGCCUGCUGCUACCCCAGGCAGCCCCCCCCAACCCGUGCGUGCCCCCCCUCCAGGUUCUGGGUGCACUGCUCUUAAGUUUGUGGGAGCAGCUCCCACGGUGACACCUGGGUGCCCCUCCCUGGGGGUCCCAAAGGGGGGCUGGCUCAGGGCAGCCCCUUCCUCCUGACUUCUGAGAGAGACAUCAUUUUCAUUAUUUUUUUUUAAUUAUUUGUUUGGUUUUUGUUUUUUUUUUUUAAAGUACUUUUGUUGGUUUCCUUUCAUUCACAGCUACCUCUGGAUAUUUAAGUUCCACUCU